AUGACGACGAACCUUGAAACUUUGUCAAGACCUUUGCUGCUUUGCUUCUUAACGCUCCUCGCGCGAUGCGAGCUCACUCCGAUGCCUGAAUUUUAUCCCUCACUGGCGCAAUGCGCCUUGGUAGCGGCCGCUUUCAAGGUGCUUCUGUUUCCCGCAUACAAGUCGACCGACUUUGAGGUGCAUCGGAAUUGGCUUGCUAUCACUCACUCUCUUCCCGUGCAGGAGUGGUACUACGAGAAAACGUCCGAAUGGACUCUCGAUUACCCGCCUUUCUUUGCUGCCUUUGAAUGGAUUCUCUCUCGCUUUGCCUACUAUGCCGACCCUGGAAUGCUGGUUGUGAAUAAUCUCAAUUACGACUCGUGGCAGACUGUCUUCUUUCAGCGCGCCACCGUAAUUGUUACCGAAUUGGUUCUAGCAUUCGCCUUGGAUCGAUUUGUCAAGUCUGUUCCCAAUUCCAGCAAACAUCUUGCGCACAUUGCAAGUCUCUCUAUCCUCCUCUCCCCAGGCCUCCUUAUUAUCGAUCACAUUCAUUUCCAAUAUAAUGGAUUUCUUUAUGGAAUCUUGAUUCUCUCUAUGGUUUGGGCACGGAAACAAUCGACUCUUCUCUACAGCGCAAUUACAUUCGCCAGUCUGCUGUGCCUGAAACACAUAUACCUAUACCUUUCUCUAGCCUGGUUUGUCUACCUAUUGAGAGUGUACUGUCUUGAUCCAAAAUCGAUUCUCCGGCCUCGUUUCUCAAACAUAAUCAAGCUCGGUCUCUCGGUUGUAAGCAUCUUCGGGCUUGCAUUUGGUCCUUUCGCCUAUUGGAACCAGCUGCUCCAAUUAAAAGAUCGGCUCUUUCCAUUUUCUCGUGGUCUAACGCACGCCUAUUGGGCUCCCAAUAUCUGGGCACUAUAUGCCUUUGCGGAUCGUUUAUUGAUUCCAUUUGCUCCUCGAUUGGGUCUGCCAGUAGACCACGAAGCGAUUCGUAGCGUGACUCGCGGAUUGGUAGGCGAUUCUGCAUUUGCAGUACUACCGGAAGUUACCAAGGAGAGUACUUUCAUCCUGACUUUUGUUUUCCAACUACUAUGUCUUGUCAAACUCUGGUUGCGUCCGACUUGGGAUACGUUCGUAGGCGCAGUCACUCUCUGUGGUUAUGCAUCCUUCUUGUUCGGUUGGCAUGUGCAUGAGAAGGCUGUCCUCCUCAUUAUCAUCCCCUUCAGUCUGAUUGCACUCAAGGACCGCCGAUAUCUCGGCGCCUUUCGUCCAUUAGCAGUUGCCGGACACGUCUCUCUUUUCCCUCUUCUUUUCACGGCAACCGAAUUCCCCAUAAAAACGGUCUAUACAGUCUUCUGGCUGAUUCUUUUCCUCUUCGUGUUUGACCGCGUGGCGCCAGUCCCCGAGCGACCGCGGGUGUUCUUAUUUGAUCGAUUCUCUUUCUUGUAUAUUACCAUCAGCAUUCCGCUGAUACUAUAUUGUUCUCUCGUUCACCACAUUGUUUUCGGCCUACACCGAUACGAGUUUGUGCCGCUCAUGUUCAUGAGUUCUUAUUCCGCAGUGGGCAUUGUGGGCAGCUGGCUCGGCUUCAUGGUGGUGUAUUUUACUAAUUAG